GACUACAAGUCCCAUGGUGCCUAGCGGCCACUUCCGGAGCACGUCGGUGUCUUAGCGGCGCGGGCCACAGCCAGCGGACUCGGCCAUGCUGCGAGCGCUGAGCGGCCUGGGCGCGCGGCCCGCGUGCCGGCCCCGGGUCCCGCUGCUGCUGCCCGCGCGCGGCCGCAAGACCCGCCACGACCCGCAGGCCAAGUCUAAGGUCGGGCGCGUGAAGACGCCGCCCUCGGUGGACCCUGCGGAGUUCUUCGUGGUGACGCAGCGGUACCAGCAGUACCGCCAAAUCGUGCGCGCCCUCAGGCUGGAGUUCGUGUCCGAGGUGCGGAAGAAGGUGCACGAGGCCCGAGCCGGGGUCCUGGCGGAGCGCAAGGCCCGGGAGGAUGCCGCCGAGCACCGGGAGCUGAUGGCCUGGAACCAGGCGGAGAACCGGCGGCUGCACGAGCUGCGGAUAGAGAGGCUGCAGCGGGAGGCGCGUGAGCAGGAGCAGCAGCAAGCCGAGGAGCAGGCCCGCAAGGCCCGAGAGGCGCAGGCCUGGCUGGAGCUCAAGGAACAAGAAGUGCUGCAGCUGCAGGAGGAGGCCAAAAACUUCAUCACCCGAGAGAACCUGGAGGCGCGGGUGGAAGAAGCAUUGGACUCCCCAAAGAGCUACAACUGGGCCAUCACCAAAGAGGGGCUGGUGGUCAGGCCACAGCACAAGGGCUCCUAGGGGCCCAGUAAGGACAAUGCCCGUCCAGGGACCAUGUGUAUAUGGGGAGUAGGAGUGUCAGGCCUGAUCUGGAAUAAAGCAGUUGGCUUAGCCAUUUCCAGCAUGGCCCUCACAUUCUGACCCCUGCACUCACCAAUUCAUCAGAAACUCCAGAACACAGUGCCCUCUUCUACCCUCAGUGUACAGCCUCAGCAUAGCAGGAGGCCCUAGAGUGGCUCCCACCUCAUGGAUCAGACUGGGCCACAGUCCAAGUGGGGCAGCCAGGUCAUCUCCUAAGUAUCAUCACCGGCAGUAAUUGGCAGAUUACAGUCCAUGGGCCAGAUGUGGCCUGCUGCCUGUUUUGUAAAUAAAGUUCUGUCAGAACACAGUGA